GUCUCUAGGGAAAUCAACACUUACAAAUUUACUGGAAACGGUGCUUAUGCCUGGAACCUUCGCUGCUCCUGCUAUAUAGGUUACGUUUUGCCUUCACCUUUCCUCACAAAUUAAACAUUUCGUUGGCUCGCUCUUUUUCGUUUGCCCGAGAAGCUUUGUGUGUUUUUUUUAACACUAAGCUAAUUAAGUAUCAAUUUUCGCUUGCCAUGGAUCAACCACCAUCGUAUCAGCCAGAGUUUGUCCCAAUGAACGGAAAUAAGUACAUGCGUCUUGAAGACCCUCACGGAGCGCCCAAAUUCCAACAUACCGUCGUCUUGGGACUGCCCCAGCCCGUUGUGCCUCAGCCCAGGGAUCACAUUAUCUGGUCACUUUGCAGCCUCGUGUACGGCAACCCAUUAUGUCUCGGAAUGUUAGCGGUGUAUUUCUCCAUAAAGUCCAGGGAUAGGAAGAUGGUUGGAGACUUGGAGGGAGCAAGAAAACACGGGAAGACUGCACGCUGCUUUAAUAUUGUGACCCUGACCCUGGUCAUCCUCGGGCUGCUCUUCCUCUUCAUCAUCUAUGGUUUCUUCAUCUACAAAAUCUCACACUUGUAGUGUAGUCCCAGUCUUUGCUUAUGUCAAAAGUGUCUUUCCAGAUGUUACACACCUUUCUAGGAUUGUGUCCUGAUACAUUUCUCUUACACACACACACACACACACACACACACACACACACACACACACACACACACACACACACACACACACACACACACACACACACACACACACACACACACACACACACACACACACACACACCACAGAAUUUCCUUCGGCACUGUGUACCAGAUGUUAUUUGCACUUCUUUAGUUUAGUGUUUUAGAGAUGCAAGAUGAUUCUGUUGAAGUUACAUUCAAAUGUCAUUUUCAUCAAUAAAUAUACGUUUUGUAAAUGCA